CACAGGCGGGAGUAUUGUGGAACAGGGUGCCGGCAUUUUCAGCUGUUGUAACGGCAUAUCUGAUAUGUCCGAUUUACUUGACUAUGUGAUAGUGUGUUUGAUAUUUCCAUGAAUUGUUGGACGUCAGUCAUUGAGGGAGAAUGAAGAGAACCAGCCAGACUAUAACACAACAGCGCCAGACGGAAACAGACGAGAUGGAGGAUUCACUUACAUUAAGAUACAUCCUGGAUCGUUGGUUUGUACUGUUUGUUCUCCAAUAUAAGCAGCACCACGCGGAUUCGCGGAGCAGACUGCACAGUGAAGGGACUCUGUAUUUUGAGAGCAAUAUUAUCAAGAGGAUCAGAGGACCACGAGGUUUUACAAGUGGAGCAGCCCAAUAGAAGGAGAAGGAGAGGAAACCGCGAGUGCAGCACGUUGUCGCCUCACCGCAACAGUCCUAAUCUGUUUCAUCACAGACGUACUGAUAGAAGGCGACAAGCAUGGGUAGGGCUGGAAAUUUUCAAGAUAAGCCCAAGAAAGGUCCGGGAAGAAAGGCUAGAAAGCAGAAGGACCCCGUCUUUCCCAGCACCACAAAGGUUGAUGAUGAACCCAAAAAGCUAAGUAGGCGUCAGAAGAUACGUGCCAAGAAGAGAACGCUUAAGCAGGAAGCAGCCAAAGCUAAUCCAUCCAAGAAAAUGAAGAAGAUGAAUGCAAAACAAAAAGUUGGUGGUGAUCUGGACAGUGAGGGGGAGCACUUGUUCAGCUCUGAUGACAUGGAGGAGUUUACAAACAGCAUUAAGACUGACAAUAUUGAAAAAACUCAAGGAAAGACUAAAUUUGCUCUGUUUGAAAAAGAUGAUUCUGGUGAUGAAGACAGUGGUGGUGGUGGGAAUGAAGAUGAAAGUGAAGAAGAGAAUGAUGAUUUUGGUGUAAAUAGUGAAGAUGAGAUGGAUGACCAAGAUGAUGAUGAUGAUGAGGAUGAGGAGGAGGAGGAUGAUGAUAAGGAUAUUGAAAAAUUGUCCAAAAAAAUUGAGGAGAAAGAAAAGAAAAUGAGAGCUGCAGGAGAUGCCUACCUAGAGGAAUCUGCUGAGAAGAUUGGCAUCCAGAUUCCUAGCUUAGAGGAAAUACAACAAGAAGAUGAAGACUCUCCCGACUUACCCAACAUUAAUGCCCGCAUCAAGGACACUGCAUUUGUCCUUGCUGAUUUCAGCAAGCGGAGGGAGGAAGGAAGGAGUCGUUCAGAGUACCUUGCAAUAUUCCUCAAAGAUCUUUCUACAUACUACUCCUACAAUGCCUUCCUUAUGGAGAAGUUGCUGGAUAUGUUUGGACCCACGGAGCUUAUAGAAUUUCUGGAGGCUAACGAAUUGCCCAGACCUGUUACCAUUCGGACCAAUACACUAAAGACACGGCGGAAAGUCCUUGCUACUGCCCUCAUAGCUCGGGGCAUUGAUGUAGAUGUAAUCACAUGGUCCAAGGUGGGUCUGAUUGUUAUGCGCACCCCGGGGAACGUGACACUUGGCGCCACUCCAGAGUACUUGGCUGGUCAGUACAUCCUGCAGGGAGCCUCCAGUUUCCUUCCUGUGAUGGCUCUCGCCCCGAAAGAGGGAGAAAAGAUUCUUGACAUGUGUGCAGCACCAGGAGGAAAGUCAACACAUAUCGCUGCAAUAAUGAGGAACACAGGAAUGAUUGUCUGUAACGACUUGAACCGUGACCGUGUGAAAGCCCUAGUUGGCAACUUCCACAGAAUGGGGAUCACCAAUGCCGUUAUUACAUCUCAUGAUGGCCGAGCCUUUGCAAAGCUCAUGCCUCGUGCUUUUGACCGAGUCCUUGUGGAUGCUCCUUGUUCGGGUACAGGGGUCAUCAGCAAAGAUGAGAGAGUCAAGACAAGCAAAGAUGUGAGGGAUGUACAAAGGUGUUCACAUAUCCAGAAGGAGUUGUUGUUGGCUGCCAUUGACUCUGUACACAAGUUUGAUGGACAAAAUGGCUAUGUUAUUUAUUCAACCUGUUCAAUUUUGGUUGAAGAAAAUGAAGCAGUAAUUGAGUAUGCACUAAAGAAGAGGAAUGUCAAAAUUGUUCCUACUGGCCUGGAUCUUGGCAAAUCAGGAUAUGUCCGAUAUAGACAACACAGAUUUCACCCUUCAAUGAAGCUUUGCAAGAGGGUGUAUCCUCAUUCCUAUAACAUGGAUGGAUUUUUCGUUGCCAAACUUAAAAAGCUAAGUGAUGGAGUGCUCAAGACUACAGAGGAUGAAGAAAAUGAUAGUAUAUCUCCAAGAUAGAUAUGAUAGAACUAGAAAUUUAUUUAUGGCCUGUGAUGGAAUACAUAAUUAUCCUGUCAUUCUGUAUUUUUUUUUUAUUUAUUUAUUUUGUUUCUUUUAUUAUUAUUAUUUUAAAGUUUAGGUAAAACCACCAACUCACCAGUUCCCUUGAUUUUAAAGUCUGAAGACAAAACUGCUUUUGAGUAACUGUUCUUGGAGGACAAGGUUCAUUGAAGGAUAAUUAUAUGAAAAUGUUCAGAAAUAUUUGUAAGAAAUAUAAUAUACUUGAUGUAAUUUAUCAAACAUUACAUUGGUCCUCUAAUACAAAUUUAGAACUGCA